AUGGCGCCACGAAACCGCCUCUAUCCUAUCCUCUCUCUCCUUCUCCUCUUGCUCCUAGCCACUUCGGGCCAUGCUCGCAAAGUCAAAAAAUCAACACCUCCGCUCUACACCGGCGACUUCGGUGAUUGUCUAGCCGGCCAGAGCCUGCUCGCUCUCACGAGGUUUGAUCUUGCCUACGAUGCUGGUAAUGAGACGGUUGCCUUCCACCUUGAAGGCACUAGCAAUGUCAAGAAUAAGUUUGUCAUGUUGCACCUAUCCAUUGACGGAUGUAAGCCGGGUAUCACUUUGACCCCAACUAAGAAAGCCGACUCUGACAUGCCUAGCCUCUGCCCCAUGAACUCUGCCACCCCCAUAGCAGCUAGCACAGUCCUUCCCAUGGGGGUUCAGUCAACCAUCGACCUAUCCACCUUUCCCUUCAACCUUCCCGACUACGACGGCUCAGCCAAGCUACAAAUCUACACCACCACUCCAAACCACAAGGAAAUCGGCUGCUUCCAAGCAUCCCUCACAAACAACCACACCUUCUCCCACCCCUGGAUGAUCGGCCCCAUCCUCGGCGUCUUCACCCUCGCAGCCAUGCUCGCCUCCUUUCUGACGGCGGCGUACGGCAUCAGCGUGACGCACAUGCGCAUGCACCACGCCCACUCGCUCUCGGUGCUGGUCGUGUUCGAGACGCUGCAGGCCGUCUUCUUCUCGGGGGCGCUCGCGGUCGACUGGCCGCCGAUGUUGGCGGCGUGGUGGUCGAACUUUGCUUGGUCCGCGGGCUUGAUCGGCGUGCCCGGGAUGGUGCGAUCGGUCAAUGGAUUUGCGGGAGUGGUUGGCGAUGCGGCGGGGGUUGGCAACGGAUUACCGCUGAGGAUGUAUGGGAGGUCCUUGGAUGAGGAGUCGUCGGAUGGUGUUAGUCAGGGGCCGGCCUUCAACUCUAGCUUCUUCCGUGACUACGCGUGGUCUGGCAGGCCCGCAGCGCCGGGUCUACCUCUACCGGGCACUUGGGAGGGUUUCCCUGCGGCACUGUCAGUGGUUAACCUCCCUGUUGCUGACGCAUUUCUGGUCGGGUUGAUCUGGGUUUUGAUAGCCAUGGGGCUGGUAACCUUGGCCGUUGCGAGCCUCAAGUUCUUGCUUGGGGUGUUGGUGUUUACAAAGAAGAUCAAGGAGGACCGGUUGCUCUACUUUCGGAACCACUGGACGGGUUACCUGGGCCACGCACUGCAGCGGACGCUAGUCAUCGCUUUCUUUGCGAUAAUGACGCUCUCGGUGUUACAGUUCACCAUUCGGCCAACUGUUGUCGGGCCUGUCGCCGUCGCCGCGGUAGUCUUUACACUCGUCUUGGUCGGAAUCACCGCCCAGGUUGCGGUCGGCUGCAGGACCCGCACCCGGGGAGGUAGGUUCGGGAUCAGCUCCGAUCGGGUCGUUUGCUAUCACGAGAAGAUGCUUGGAAGGAUCCCCGGCCUGGCGCUCAUUUUGGAGAGCACAGCCAAAAGGCAUGGCAUGGAGGUACGGCCCGUGUUCAGCAUCCCGUUGUUUCGAGUAUGCCAUACGGAAAACGAGCCUGACCAGCUCACCGUUCACCACGACAAAUCCUUCAUCUCCAAGUUUGGUUGGCUCACUGCAAGGUACCGCGGUACACGAUGGUGGUUCCUGGCAUACCACGUCGGGUACCUGUUCUGCCGCGCGGCGCUAUUAGGGGCCGGUUGGCAGAGCCCACACGUACAGGUCUACGGCGUCCUGGUCCUUGACAUUCUAAACUUUGUCCUUGCCGCCAGCCUGGUCCCCUUUGAGGGAGCUCGCAACACGGCCAUGGAAGUCUGGAUACUCAGCAUCUGCAAGAUCAUCACGACGGGCAUCUCCACUGCCUUCCUUCCCGAGUCCAACACCAGCCGCUCACAAGCAGCCGCCCUCGGCAUCGCCAUCAUCGUGAUUCAGGCCCUGACUGUGGCCGCCUUGUUGAUAUUGAUCAUCCUCAGCGUAAUCUCCUCUUUCCUGUCUCUGAUGAGAAACCGCGAGAUAAUAGACCCCGACUGGCUGGAGCCCAUACGAGUCCGGUACUUUACCGAGAUGGAAACCAAGGCACGAGAGACGCUCUUCGACCAUGACAUGGAAAUUCACACACCAGCACCGACACCAACGCGGGGCUUUUCGGUCAUAUCGAUCCAGCGCCGCCCCAAAAUCGAGGACGAGGACGAAGACAUAACCGCUGCUGCGCUCGAGCUAGGCCAGACACCCGACGACAGCUCCGCUGACAACCAACUCCGCGUCCGCCGCCACAGCCACGGAAGUCACGGCGGCCACAGCCGGACCAGCAGCGUGCGGACACGGCUGAGCACGGGGAGCCUACCACGGGCAGCCCGGCCGUACCGCGCGUCGUGGUCGUCGCGGGAAUUCAGAGAACAUUGUAUCCCGACAGGGCGUCCGGACAGCGUUCUCACGGACCGGCUCAGCGGCAUCACAUGCGUGGUGGUGACGGACUGCGACGCGUCCGACAAGAUGUCGUGGGGGGAGAUGGGCAAGCCGCGGAGUAGUAGGGGGAGCUUGAUUGCGCCCUCGUCGGUGAGCAGGUCGUCCAGUAUCGGUUCCUGGAGGCAUUCGAGGGAGAGUGUUUCCUCGCAUACGGAGGGGAGGAGGCCGCCGACGGCAUUGCCCGAGGCACCGGAACCGCCCGAGUGA